UUUUGUCUUUGAUUUUUCUUCACUUAUUAUGAGUCCACUACGCAGUCAAGCAGGUCUUCUUGUUGUGUGUGCAUUUGCUUAUCAAGUAAUUGGUCAAUAUAUCCAAAAACCUAUUGAAGGCUGCAUAAGUGACAAUGUUACUUUGUCCUUUGAUCUACCUGAGAAGAACCUUACUGUGAAUAGCUAUAUUUGGUACAAACAGGAUGUAUCAGGGGAUCCCAGCUUCGCCAAAUACACUGUAGCUGAAGACAAGUUUGAAAUCUACAGAGAUGCCCAAGAUCGACUCCUCCACAAUCAAAUUGAUCCAUCACAGCUAAGAAAUUUAGUUUUACUGAAUGUGCAGAAAAGUGAUGAGUCUAAAUAUGUUCUGGUAAUUAAUUAUGUCAACGUCACACAGCAGACAUCGGAGUAUCUCUUGCGAUUGUCAGUAAAAGAUCUUUGCUUUGGAAAACCCGAGCAAGUAGAGGGAUGCGCAGUAUCAACAUGUUUUACAGGAGAGAACGGAAACCUAACAACGAUUGACGGUGACGAGACAGACAUGACACAAACAGUGAAUGGUUACAUGGUGGUGAGAAACUGUACGAGUGGUGUAACCGUCAACUAUACAUGCUGUAAUGUAGCCGGAAAAUGUGAACAGCAAAUGUUCAAAGUACCCGAAUCUGUUGAAGAUGUAAAAGAAAAUGGUGGAUCUGAAGUUGGUAUAAUAGCUGGUGUAAUAGUUGCAGUUUUAGUAGUGACUGGAGUUGGAAUUGCCGGAAUGCUAAUCUAUAAGAAACGUCAAG